AUGGGAGGCUGGUUCCAGACUGUCACAGGCCUUCACCCUGAGCCCACCAUGUUGAAGAUAUCCUUGCUUGGAGGGAACUGCAACAGCAAGGUCAAGUCCUUGGAUGACAGGUCCCAGUCACUCUCGGAGAGUAGCAGUAGCAUCACUUCUGAGAGUGUCCAUCCAGCAGAGGAAGCCAAUGGAUUGUCGAUGAUGCAAACCUUGAUCCAUUUGUUGAAAUGCAACAUUGGCACAGGGCUCCUGGGGCUUCCUCUGGCCAUGAAAAACGCCGGCUUGUUGGUCGGUCCUUUCAGCCUGCUGGCCAUCGGGAUCCUCACCGUGCACUGCAUGGUCAUCCUGUUGAACUGUGCUCAUCACCUAAGUCAGAGGCUGCAGAAAACUUUUGUGAACUAUGGAGAAGCCAUGAUGUAUGGCCUCGAAACCUGCCCAAACGCCUGGCUGAGGACCCACUCGGUGUGGGGAAGGUACACUGUCAGCUUCUUAUUAAUCAUCACCCAACUGGGCUUCUGCAGUGUUUAUUUUAUGUUUAUGGCAGAUAAUUUGCAACAGAUGGUGGAAGAAGCCCACGUGACCUCCAACACCUGCCAACCCAGGAAGAUCCCGGUGCUGACCCCCAUCCUGGACAUUCGCUUCUACAUGCUGAUAAUCCUGCCCUUCCUGGUCCUGCUGGUGUUUGUCCAGAACCUCAGGGUGCUGUCCAUCUUCUCGACACUGGCCAACAUCACCACACUGGGGAGCAUGGCUCUGAUCUUUGAAUAUAUCGUACAGGGGAUUCCAGAUCCCAGGAACCUCCCCUUGAUGGCAAGCUGGAAGACCUUCUUGCUCUUCUUCGGCACAGCCAUCUUCACAUUUGAAGGUGUCGGUAUAGUUCUGUCUCUCAAAAAGCAGAUGAAGCAUCCACAGCAGUUUUCUUUUGUUCUGUACUUGGGGAUGUCUCUUGUCAUCGUCCUCUACAUCUGCCUGGGGACACUGGGCUACAUGAAGUUUGGAUCAAACACCCAGGCCAGCAUCACCCUCAAUUUGCCCAAUUGCUGGCUGUACCAGUCGGUCAAGCUGAUGUACUCCAUCGGCAUCUUCUUCACCUACGCCCUCCAGUUCCACGUCCCGGCCGAGAUCAUCAUCCCCAUCGUCAUCUCCCAGGUGUCAGAGAGCUGGGCGCUGUUUGCAGACCUGUCCGUCCGCACAGCCUUGGUCUGUCUGACCUGUGUCUCAGCCAUCCUCAUCCCCCGCCUGGACCUGGUCAUUUCCCUGGUGGGCUCCGUGAGCAGCAGCGCCCUGGCCCUCAUCAUCCCGCCCCUCCUGGAGCUCAUCACCUUUUACCCUGAAGACAUGAGCUGCGUCACCAUUGCAAAGGACAUCAUGAUCAGCAUCCUGGGCCUUUUGGGGUGUGUAUUUGGAACAUACCAAGCCCUCUAUGAGUUGAUCCAACCCGUCAGCCAUUCCAUAGCAAACUCCACAGGUGUCUAUGCAUAA